CACUGCUAUAAGAGCAACAAACCAGCUCCAUUUGUCAUUCAGCUGUUGGCAACAGGAAACCACCAACAGCAACUCAACACCAAGAAGAAUUAAGGUUUUCUCUUUCUGCACGCUCCAAAGUUUGAAACUCAUCAAAUGGAGCUGAUGGUCCCACGCUGAUGAUCUGGAAGGGGUUUUUUCAACUCAGGUGGACAGCUGAGAUUGGGUGGGAUAUGAUUUAAUCUGCACACAGGACUCUCAAGGAUGGGGUUGUUUGGCAGCAAAAAUCAGCUGAUGCCCAAUGAGAAACACACUUCUGGAGGCAACCCAAAAACCAGGGGCAAACCUCCUCCUGCCCCACCCAAGGGGAGACAAGUUAUCAACAGCCCUCAUCUGAACCAAGCCUCUGCCCAAGAUCAAUUGUUUGUGGUUGCACUCUACGAUUUUCCUGCUUCGAGUGACCGUGACCUGGAGCUGGUCAAGGGGGAGAAACUCCAGGUCCUCUCCAAUGAGGGGGACUGGUGGCUGGCAAAGUCCCUCAGCACUGGGAGGAAAGGAUACAUCCCCAGCAACUUCGUGGCACAAGUGGACAGCUUGGAAGAGGAAAAGUGGUAUUUUAGAACUCUGAGCAGAAAAGAUGCUGAACGGCUGCUGUUGUCUUCUGGGAACAAAGUUGGCUCUUUCCUUGUCAGGGAGAGUGAAACCACCAAAGAUGCCUAUUCCCUGUCUGUGAGGGACAGCAACUCUGCCCACGGGGAUGUCAUCAAACACUACAGGAUCCGCUCCCUGGAUGGUGGGGGGUACUACAUCUCCCCCAGGAUGACUUUCUCCAGCCUGCCAGAGCUCAUCCAUCAUUACAGCCAGAAAGGGGAUGGGCUGUGCCAGCGCCUCACAGCCCCCUGCACAUCCCUGGUGCCCCAGAGACCCUGGGCCCAGGACGAGUGGGAGAUCCCUCGGGAGGCGCUGAAGCUUGUGAAGAAGCUGGGCAGCGGGCAGUUUGGGGAAGUGUGGAUGGGCUACUACAAGAACAACGUCAAGGUGGCUGUGAAGACCAUGAAGGAGGGCAGCAUGGAUCCUGACGCCUUCCUGGCAGAGGCAAACCUGAUGAAGAAGCUGCAGCACAACAAGCUGGUCCGGUUGUACGCCGUGGUCACCAAGCAGCCCAUCUACAUCGUGACAGAGUACAUGGCCAAUGGGUGCUUGCUGGAUUUCCUGAAGACAGAAGAAGGAAGCCAACUGAAUCUCCCCAAACUCAUUGAUAUCUCUGCUCAGGUGGCAGAGGGCAUGGCCUACAUCGAGCGCAUGAACUUCAUCCACCGGGACCUGAGGGCUGCCAACAUCCUCGUCUCGGAGACGCUCUGCUGCAAAAUCGCUGAUUUUGGCCUGGCCAGGCUCAUUGAGGACGAGUACCUGGCUCAGGAAGGUGCCAAAUUUCCCAUCAAAUGGACAGCUCCAGAGGCCAUUAACUAUGGGGUUUUCACCAUCAAAUCUGACGUGUGGUCAUUCGGGAUCCUCCUGACAGAGAUCAUCACCUACGGCAGGAUCCCUUAUCCAGGAAUGACCAACCCCGAGGUGAUUCGCAACCUGGAGCGGGGUUACCGCAUGCCCUGCCCGGAGAUGUGUCCCGGCGAGCUCUACAGCAUCAUCCUCAAGUGCUGGCGCACCAACCCCGAGGAGCGCCCCACCUUCGAGUACCUGCAGUCGGUGCUCGAGGACUUCUACACCUCCACGGAGAAGCAGUACGAGCCCGAGCCGCAGCAGUGAGCACAGCCCCGCCAGCUGCUGGGGACAGCGGGGACAGCGCUGCGGGACAGCGGGAACAGUGGGGACAGCGCUGGAUGGACAGGAGGGACAGUGCUGGAUGGACAGGGGUACAGCGCUGGAUGGACAGUGGGGACAGCAGGGGACAGCGCUGGAUGGACAGGAGGGACAGUGCUGGAUGGACAGUGGGGACAAGCAGGGGACAGUGCUGGAUGGACAGUGGGGACAAGCAGGGGACAGCGCUGGAUGGAC